GAAAAAGUUCCGGGAUGGCCUUUGGACAAGAGACACUCAUUGUGUAAUUCCUGGGCCCCCAUUGAUCCCCGAUGCACAAGACCCAUUCCAGACGAUGGAAGCCAGCCACAUUUUUCCUACAACAGAAAUAACUACAAAGGUAACUGGAUUACUGACGACAGCCCUUCGAGUGAAAUCGGAGAGAGUGACCUCUAUUCUCUGCAAAAUGGGCUAAAUCUUGAUAAGACUGUUCACAGUUAUUUCGAUGAUUUCAAAAUAGGGAUCGACUCGGAUACAGACACGGCAAAACUCGGAGGGAAAUGCCUCAAGGACUCUGCUAGACAUGGUACCAACUCAAGAAACCGAGUCUGUACACAUCUCCUGCGUUGGCGUCUAAGGAUGUGCGUGUAUCGCAAUUUGAAGGCCAACGUCGAUAUUCAGGCCGUGUGGGAAGAUGACCUUGGCAGCGAUGAUAUAGGCCAGAUCCUCGAGCAGCCAGAUGCUGGACACAGGAUGGAGGUAAAGUUGUUCACGCGUCUGGGAGAACAAGUGGCUUAG